AUGUUGGGAUUUCACAGAAGGACGAGGUCGCUCAUUCCGGUGAAGGAGUUGGGCAAGUACGACAAAGUGCCAGCGCAAGAGUUGGAAGAGGAGCUGUAUGCCGAGGAAGAGGCGGAUAAUUUCGAUAUCGCGAGUGGGCAAGACAAGUCGAGGAGCAGGCAACUGAUGCUGGUCUACAUUGUGUUUCUGGCUGAAGCUAUCAUGGCUUCUAGCCUGCAACCCCAGCUCCAAAUGCUCCUCUCAUCAUCCGACUACUGCGGCAAUCUCUCCACGUCCUACCUCCGGAGCAUACUUGACUGCGCAUACGCGUUUGGCGGAACCAGUGGGCUCUUCUGGGGCUACCUCACAGAUCGAAUGGGACGACGACGUGUCACGCUGCUUGGAUUGUGGACCAUGUUCGUUUGCUGCUUGAGUGGAGGCUUCGUCACCAGCCUCGGAGGAUGUGCUAUAUUCCGUUUUUUCGCAGGCAUGGCCAGCUCAACGAUUGUCUGCACCAGCUUGACCAUGAUUGGAGACCUAAGCACAAGUGCCGAUGCCAGGGCCAAGAACGUUGCGAGACUACCAUUGAUCUCGCUCUGUGGCUCCCUCGGACCUCUCAUGCAGGGAAUGGUUUCAGAGAGUCUUCAAGCUUACGGCAUGGUAUGGGAGAAGUUCCCCACCCUGGGUUCCGAACUCGCAUGCGGUACUGCUGUCUUUGCCAUCGCACUUGUAGCGUCUAUCUUCCUCAAGGAAACACUGCCACAACAGUCUUCGGUGGACAACAUGGACUGCGAGAAGGCCGCCUUUCUUGCCCGCGAUUCAUCGGACACAGGCAUUACUCUCGUCGACGUCAUCGCCCGCCCUGAGCCUAUCAAGAUCGCACAAUUCCUUCAGGCGCCGUCCUUCAUUGUCUUAUUAUCUUCGUUUUGCUUGCUAUCUCUCCACGCCGCGACUUUUGAUGUUUUGCUCCCCCAUCUCGGUCAUAGCGACUCGCAACAUGGCGGUAUGGGCAUACCAUGCGAGUGGCUUAGCAUUGUCGUCUUGAUUGUCCGAGGCAUUGCUGGCGUGGCCGUCUUCUUCGCUAUUCCAUAUGCGAUGCAGAAGUACGGUCUUGUCAAAAUCUACCGCUCCGUUUCCCUUUUGUUUCCCGCGAUCUACCUUGUAACUCCUCUCCUUGCGGUUCUGGCCUCGUCAUGCGUGGCUUUGGUUCCGGUGGUAUCUGUCUUGAGCAUUUUGGUCAAGCACACGCUAACAGGAGGUGCACUUGUCUGCGUUGCGCUGCUUGUCCUGAACACGACGCCUGAUGCUUUUUCUGCAGGCACUGCAGUAGGCAUGUUACAGGUCGCUAGCCUGUUUAAGGCUUUCGCUGUUGCGGUGUCUGGCACAAGUUACUACUUCAGCGACGAUGUGAGCGUGCAGACGACGAAUCUGGCACUUUGGUCUUGUUUGGCCUUGUUCGGAGCUGUUGGUGCGGGCCUGGCAUGGUUCGUGAGAGAACGGCCGAGUGUUGAGAUGGACUGGCCAAGUGAGGUUCUCAGGUGGGAGAUGUGCUUUGAUGCAGACGCGGAGAAAGGAGGCGUCGAAGAGGAUUUGGAGAGCCUCCUAGGAGACGAUUAA